AUGGGCGCUCGGCAUUUCUCCCUGAAACAAGAGCACGGUCUUAGCACCGCCGAAUUGGACAAGUUCCAGGAAAUCUUCGUUGAAGUGAUAUUGAAGCAGGACGGAGUCCGACAGAGUAAAGAAGCCAGUCGUGCAUGGCGAAUCCUGAUUUGUGCUAUUGUGGAUUUAUUCCGUGACGGUUUUGAGAUGCAAUCACGCCGCCAGUUCAGGCGGAAACAUUCGUUUAACGCACAUACACAGUAUUUUGAGAACAUUGAAAGACGAACUUCGUGUUCUUCUCGUAAAGCAUCGCUUAACGUCGAUUCUCAUGUGGAUGGCUGCUCAAAGAAGAUGUCGCGAAAUUCAACUUUGACAUAG